ACGUGCUUACCUAUUCUUUAAAGUUCGUCGGAUCACCAUGCUGUUGAUAUCUUGUACUCGAACUGUGGCUGCUGCGUUUGCAUGAGCAACUCGACUCGAAGCGGACAAACGUCACAUGCAUUGAGUCUUGGAUUUCUAAGGCCUUUCUGUUGACGACCGCUGUACGUCCGCAUACCGACCUUCAGCUCCAUUCUCCAAGUUCCGGUCGAGUUUUUAUACGCUGGAUCCGCCAGCCCAUUUUCAGAAUAACCACACUCUCAAAAUGUCGCGGCCCAGAUCCGGGUCCGUAGCAUCUACAAGCUCUCCCAUCCGAAACCGCCGCGAUUCUAUCAACUCGAUUUCUACAGGGCAGCUUGCCCAUGCACUUGACAAGAUACACACAUCCGCUAGCCAGUGUGACUCCCUAACCACCUUUAACGACUUCGCACCGCCCCCAGUAGCAGCACCAACCUCGGAAAAUAAAGGAAUAGCAGGCGAUCUAGUCCAACAAGGCUUCAGUGGACUCUAUAGUCGCUUGAGGGAGGCUGUAGGUGGUGGUGGCUCCUCUAAAUCACCCCAGGAACAAACAGCGGGAGAAAGGUCAGAACCUUCUUCCAAAAGAACCUCGAUUGUUGCCAACCAUGGCUCGAAGGCCUCUAUCGGCUCGCUUAGUCGAGUCGACACCGGCGCCUCAUUGUCCACAUCCUCAUCUCAGGUUCUGCCUAAUGAAGGGGCAUCUACAAGUCAAAGUGGCGGCACUAUCGAACCUCGACCGCAAGCUCAGUCAUCCAAGCCAUCGAGUAUCAGCCUGAUGUCUAACCAGAAGUCCAACCCUACGAACCGUCAAAGCUUCUCCAAAAAGGCCCCCAGCUCUAUCGCCGCUGACCCUACGAUCGCUCCUGUUACGGUACACAGAGAUCCUAGUCAUACCACCAUCCGCACUGAGGACAGUGGCGGCGUCGGAUCGAGCAGAAAGAGUAUCAGCAGCCGAGCCGAUUUGCAAGCGCAUCUAUCGACGGCUGAAUCAUCGGCCAGUCUGUAUGACAUGAAAGAUGGUAAGCUUCCGCCCAGGUCUAAACGUGAGGACACCGAAAGUAUCGACGAAAGUAUCAAAAGUCCGACAAGUCCCAGGAGUGCACACCAUCGUACGCCCUCACUACAGACUCGAAGUCUUCGCAGCACUUCAGUGACCUCAUCUUUACUGUCACCUGACAGCGUAAGAAGGAAGCCUGCCGUUAUCGAUCGAAUCAGCCGGUCGAGAUCCCCUGGAGGUCAAAACUCGAGAGAUUCCUCAUUGGACAGGGGAACUGCUGAGCCUAGCCACGUCAGCACAUCUGCUCAUGAUUCUGUUUGCCACGAUUCCUUCUCUAAUAAUCCGAAACCACAAAAGAUGGCUUCGGGCGAUUUCAGAAUACCCGGCACUGUCACGAGUAGUGAAGAAGCCUCUGAACAGGUGAAUGCACAGCUCACUCGGAUGCGAAAGCAGGUUUUGAGUAAGGAAUUCUGGAUGAAAGAUGAUACUGUCAAGGAGUGUUUCCUCUGUCAGACGCCAUUCAGCGCAUUCAGAAGAAAACAUCAUUGCAGAACCUGCGGCUGCAUCUUCGAUUCAAAAUGCACCACUGUGAUCUCAGGCGAGAAGUUCGGUGUGCAAGGUUCGCUACGCGUUUGUAAGCGAUGUCUCGAAGUCAUCACUAGACGUUUCGAUGGAAGUGGUUCAGAGGACUCUGGAGAUGAACAAUCGUUCAUGCCAAGAUUCUUCGGCGCAAAUCAUGCGAAAAGUCCCAGCAACGCGAGCCAGUUUAAGCCAAGAGAUAACGAAUCUGGGGUUGCCUCUGAAGGAUCAGAAGACUCGAGACCUGUGUCAAGACCUGUGACGACACCAAUGAUGGCUAUACCUGCAACUCGCCGCCUUGGAGAAUCUCGUACUGCAGCCAUUCUGGAAAUCGAUGCGCCACAAUUGAGCAGGCCAGGCUCUUCGCGGUCUCUCAAAUCACUAAGUGCGAGGCCACAUUCUUCUGCAGGCCAUAAACGACAUCACUCCAAACAUGCUGGCUUCUUGAACCGUUUCAAGCCUGCACCGGAAGAGAGAGCUCCUUUCAGGCGCGGCAUUGAUGAUGAGAGCGCUAAGAAGCCAAAGUUUCCUGCCUUCCACGACGAUAAUAUCAUCGAUCCGGAGCUGGCCGACUACAUGUCCGAUGAGUCAAGUGAAGAUGAACAAAUGAGCCUAUUUACCACAAUGACAGGCGACUUACAGCCCGGGAGCCUUGGCGAUGACAAGUCAGAACUUACGCCAUACGUAAAUGCUAACAGAAAAUAUCGCCAUAGGGCAGGCGAAAAGAGCAUCAGCGGUAUGAGCUUCGUGAGUAGAGGUGGUCUCGAUGACCUGCCUGGAAGUCUUGGCGGAUAUCGUCGGCCACCAAGGCGACGGAACACUAGCAAUGUUAGUGGCAGUAUGCAUCACUUGCCAUCACCGCGCCCGAAGUCCGCCGUGUUCAAAGGCCCUUCUCAGUCCUCAGAGCUGCUAUUCUCAUUGGAUACACCCCACCAAAGUGCAAACCAGAUCACUAGGAGUGACUCUUUGCAACACAAGAAGGCCCCUAAAGUCGAGCUCAACUCAUCCAGUUUGAGACACGUUGAUAAGUUACUACACCAACUACUAGACGAUGCAGAGAUUUCAAAUCCCCCGGCGUGGCAAAAGGCUCUUGUUCCCAUCCUGUUGCGAGCAACGGAUGACGUUGACCCGGACGUCGCGAAGGGAGAAGACAUGGAUAUCCGACAUUAUGUCAAGCUGAAGAGAAUCCCAGGAGGCAAGCCUGGUGAUACAGCCUACAUCUCGGGUGUAGUUUUCACCAAAAACCUGGCCCUCAAGAGUAUGCCUCGCAGGAUUACCAAUCCACGAGUAAUGCUUGUCACAUUUCCCAUUGAGUACCAACGGCAUCAACAGCACUUUAUGAGCUUGCAACCUGUCAUCGAGCAAGAAAAAGAAUUUCUACGAGUUGUUGUCCAAAGAAUCACGAAUCUCCGCCCACAAGUGCUUCUUGCUGAAAAGAGCAUCUCCGGCGUGGCGUUGCAGUAUCUUUCUGAUACAAACAUUUCAGUGGCCUAUAAUGUUAAGCACACGGUCAUCGAAGCAGUUGCACGAUGUGCUGAAACAGAUAUUAUAUCGUCUCUUGACAUGUUGGCGUUGCCCGUCCAGAUUGGACGAUGUGCUAGCUUCGAGGUUAGGACGUUUGUGAACAACGACUACCCAGGUCGUAAAAAGUCAUAUAUCUUCUUGUCCGGUUGUACUCCUGAGCUUGGCUGCACGAUUGCGCUGAGGGGUGCCAACAGCACAGUGCUCUCGAAGGUGAAGCACAUUAUGGAGUUCAUGGUUUAUGUUGUCUACAAUCUGAAGCUUGAAUCGAGCCUUUUGAGGGACGAGUCCAUCGAACUUCCGGAAGGUGGCGACUCCAUGACAAACUCUAUGCAACUCCAGGGCGAUAGUGCGAGAUCUAUGAGUGUCAAUAGCGUUGACAACUCGAGAGACGGCCCAGCUGUUGUGGUUAAUCACCCGCCAGGAGAAAGUGAACCGCCCUCUCAAACAACUGUGGACAGCGCUAGUAUUACCGAAACUGACGACACAGGCUCCUUGAACCAGUCAGGCCAGCUGACCCAAGAACGCACACGUCUAACGUCUCUUCAAGAGCAGUCCGAUCCUGUUGCUGAGGAUGAAAUCAGCCAAGUUCCAGACGAUGUCCCCAUGCCAACUUACUACAGUGAUAUGGUGGCCAAGUACGAAACCAAGAUUCUCUCUGCUUCGCCCUAUGUUAAGUUCACACAACCCUACCUUCUAAUGAAGACGCGUGAGCAGGAGAGAAGAUUGCUCUACUUGCGCAGAUUGCGCAACCACGAUUAUUACGAAGAAACUGACUCAGAGAAAUCGGAUCCUCAAAAAUUCCAACUCAUCAAGCCCGAAAUGGUCGAAGCGAUUGGCCAAAAGGCGCCACGACAGAUCAUGGAGAUUCUUAGAGCUGUUCACGAUGCUGAGUACGACAAGGCCUUAUACAAUUAUCAAACCCAAACUCGUCAGUGGGAAACGUAUAUCCAGGGCAACCUCGAUCUCUUCGAUCCAUAUUCUCAUCAAAACAUUGUCGUCCUCUAUUCCGUUGUCUGUACAGAGACGAAGAUCCCGUGUACUGAGCCCUCUUUAGUUGCCAUAAACUUUUACGAUGAGCAGCAUAUUGACACUGGUAUGGAUCCUGAUUGCACGUUGGGUCAAUACAUUGAAGACCUGGCAUACACCAUGAACCAAGUCUGCACUUCCAACGGCUGCGAACGCAGGAUGCUUGAACAUCAUAGGACCUAUGUGCAUGACCAGUUUCGAAUCACUGUCUUUGUCGAGAAUAUGCCAAACAAUUCUGCUCUGGCAGACUAUGAUGGCAUUGCAAUGUGGACUUACUGCAAGAUUUGCAAGAAGGAUACCGAAGAGAGAGCUAUGUCGGAAGCUACCUACAAAUACUCAUUUGGCAAAUAUUUGGAACUCCUCUUUUGGGGGCGAGGACUGAAGAUGAAAGGCAUGCAUGAAUGUCCCCAUGACCACCACCGGGACCACGUUCGCUAUUUCAGCCUUCAAGACGCAAGAAUUCGCAUUCACUGGGAUCCCAUCGAUCUGUUGGAAAUCGUUGUGCCACGAGCAAGAAUCACUUGGAAAGUAACCAAUGAUUUGAAACUCAAGAAUGAGAUCUUUGUCAGAAUGGAAGAGAGAUGGGCCAAAUUCAUGGCUUCGGUCAGAUCGAGACUAAUGUGCAUCAGAAUUGACAGUGUCUUGCCUGAUAAGGCAGACCUGUGCAAAUCCGAAGUCGAUCGUUUGACUGCUAAAGCAAAAGAGGAUCUCCCAAUCAUCGUCAAGAGAUUGCAAGAUAUUUACGUCAACUCGAAGUAUUACGAAGUGGUUCCUUUCAACAGUAUUGUCCGGGAGAUGCUCGAGAAAGCUGGGGAAUGGGAUCAAGCAUUUACCAAAUUUGAAGCUGAUUUCCUCAGCGACAAAGAUAUGCGCCAGUUAACCAUCAUGCAGUUGAAAAAGAUGUUUACAGACAAUGAGUCAAAGGAGUCGCUAGUUUCGAAUGAAGGCACUCCGUCAACUGUCGAUAGCGAAGAGCGGCCGUCUCAAACUUUCACGGAAGAAGAAGGGAAGAGCACCCAACCAACGGACUACACCGACAACACCAGUAUGGAGGCUAGUGUCGCUUCAUCAAAGCCUGUCGAUGAUAAGGACGUUCCUGAUGAAGAUGGUAAAGUUGAAAUCCCUGCAGAAGGGGCCAUUGAAAGAGUCGAGCCAUUAGAUCUAGCGCGCACCCCUUCAACACCAUCCCAUCCUCCUCCUGAGCUUUCUCAAGGUGGCGAGGCAUUAGAAGCCCAAGAAGUCCAACAAGAUCAAGACGAUCAAGAGACUCCCAUUGCCGACCCCGAACAAACACCAAAGGCAUCAGGUGGGGCUUUCGAUUUGGCCCCCCUUGAACCUACUGAGACCACUGAACCCAAUGAGCCAACUGAGCCCGCUGUGUCUGGUGUUGAGUCUACCGAGCCCACUGAGCCACUCCCAUCACCUCUUGAAGCGCUCCCAUCGCCGGCUCCAUCGCUGUCAGAUAAGGUUGACCAGAUGAGGCGAGAGCAGGCCUAUCAAACAGGGCCAUCUGCGAUCCCUACUCCCACAAAUGAGCGUGGGCCUUCUCGUAAGUCUGGGCAAGCGGUCUCGCCUCCGAUGGUUAGAGCAACCUCCCAUCCCGUUCGUACACUGUCUAGGACACAGUCAGGAAUUGGAAAGGGUCUUGGCAUUAAAGAAACAAAGACGAAUCCUCCUGAGAGCAUGGGGUCCGAGUCAACAACCGAAGGGUCGAUCAGAGUGGAUAAGAAGCUCUCGGAUCGCUUAGGGUUGAGAAAUUUGAAAGAUAGAGGCAAAGCAACCGCUUCAGGAAUUCCGCGAUUCGUGCAUAAGAAGAGAGAAUCGAAGGUUUCAACACUGGCGAGACAUUUUGAGCAACUCAGUCGAGAAUUCGAGAAAGAGCGUAUCCGAGACCGCAAGAAGCGUGCUGCGAGCAUGCGCCAACCUCGAGCUAUGCUUCCGAGAACAACUACAAAAGCCAUUGUUGAGGUAUACGACGAUGUGAACGACGCUUUUGACGAACCAAGUCCCCCAUCGGAGAGUAUUGCUGAACGCGAAGCCAGCAAACGUGCUGGCAGCAUUGCUUCACGAAAGUCGCACUCUCAUCAUAAGCCAGAAUCGGUCAUUGAACCAUUGACUCCUGCCGAGCCACCUGCGAGCAUAGAGGAACAACAGCACGGAAACCCAAGCCAGCAAGUGGGAGAUGAAGAGCAAUGUCAAGAGCGCGCAGACAAGGCAGGCCAUGGAGAAAGAGAAGACGCAACGGAGAAGGAAGAAAGGGAAGAGAAUGAUGACCACACCAUUGCAAAUACCAGCCAGACAUUCUCAGAUGACGAAGAACGCACCACUGAUCUCGAACACUCGGUGCCAGACGAGUACUUGCACGACAUCAAGGAGAUUGCUGAUUCUGUUGAUGCAAGCGAUAUUCCCCUGGAGUUGCCCAAGCAUCAAAAGACCAGCUUGAUGAAGUAUCUCACCAACUUCUGGGCUGAACGAGGCGCAAGUGGCUGGCACCAGCUCGAAUAUCCGGUCAAUCCCAGCGACCAUAUCUUUGUUGAUUCAGACAUCAUCGUACGAGAGGAUGAACCAAGCUCGGUAAUUGCACUCGCUCUCAACAGCGACGACUACAAGGGCAAGCUGGCGAACAUUCGACGAGAAGCACAAGAGGUUAUGCAGCGCGAAGUUGAGGGCGGAAGGGAUGCCGAGCCCAAGUCACUUCCUUCGGAUGGUACCGACUGGAUGGUAUCUGAAACGGACAUGGAAAAGAGUCUCCUUCGCGUCACAGGAACCCAUCUCAAAUACCAGUUCCGAGAAGGGUCUGCCACCAUGACCUGCAAGAUCUUCUAUGCAGAGCAGUUUGAUGCACUCAGGAGGAAGUGUGGUGUUGCAGAACGUAUUGUCGAGUCUCUUUCACGAUGCCUGAAGUGGGAUUCGAAGGGAGGCAAGACCAAAUCCGUUUUCUUGAAGACGCUGGAUGAUCGCCUUGUUUUGAAGUCACUUUCGCCCAUCGAGACUUCGGCUUUCCUGCGAUUUGCGCCUGGAUACUUCAACAUCAUGGCCGAGGCACUGUUCCAUGAUCUGCCAUCUGUCAUCGCAAAGAUGCUAGGCUUCUUUCAAGUUUUCAUCAAGAACCCUGCGACAGGAACUGACAUCAAGCUGGAUCUCCUUAUUACUGAGAACCUCUUCUACGACCGGUCAGCAACAAGGAUUUUUGACCUCAAAGGUUCAAUGCGUAACCGCAAGAUCCAAUCAACAGGAGAGCAGAACGAGGUUCUUCUUGAUGAGAACAUGGUUGAGUACAUUUAUGAGUCACCCCUCUUUGCACGAGAGCAUUCCAAGAAGCUCCUCCGCGCUUCCGUCUGGAACGAUACGUUGUUUUUGGCAAGACAGAAUGUGAUGGACUAUUCACUCAUGAUUGCCGUUGACGAGGCUCGCAAGGAACUCGUGGUUGGCAUCAUUGACUGUAUUCGCACCUACACUUGGGACAAGAAGCUUGAGAGUUGGAUCAAGGACCGUGGAUUCGCAGGUGGUGGCCGCAAUCGACCUACCGUAACCAGUCCCAAGGAAUACAAGUCCCGUUUCCGAGAGGCAAUGGCCAGGUACAUCUUGCAAGCGCCCAACUGCUGGCAUCUGUUCAACAACCCUCAGUAUCCGCAUUACUAUGGGCGCGCUAGGUUCGAAGAGCCCGAGUUGCUCCGCUGAGCGUCUAAGUUCUUAUGUAUGAUGCGAAUGAGAUAAACGAAGAAAAAGACGCAUGGUUCGCAACGGCCGGUAUAAACGUAAAAGAAUUGUAUUUUUUGUUCAAUGUACAAGCAAGCAUCAGCGUCGUUAUUGGGGGUAUUUACGAGAGCAUUCAUUCAAGGAGACAGGGAAAGGAUGGUCUUGCUUACAACUCAGGAGACUUUGCAUGAUAUGGAUACAAGAACGUGCAUAAAUCAAUAGAGUUUGGCUGCUAUUGUAUGCCAGUUGAAAGAAACA